CACACAUUUUAACAACACAAUAUAAUUACGCUAUUUAAUUAGCUGACAUUUCACAAAAUCUGCUCUUGUUUCCUUGUCAAGAACAACCGUUAUAUCAAUCCAACUUUACUACCACCAAGAAAUUAGGACUUCAAAUCCUACUUAAAAAAGGUGCAAAAUGGCAAUGGGAGAUAAUCUUGGACUAGGAGUAGUGAAAAGAACUAGUUCGUUUGGUAGAAAAAGGAUUUUAUUUUUGAAUCAUAUGGAUUUUGACUCAAUUGAUGUUGCUACACCUAAAAAGAAGCCAUUUUUGGAAAGCAAAUCUGGUUAUUGGUGUGAAAAAUCUUUGCUUGAAGCUCUUCCUCAAGAAAUAUUGAUCAAGAUAUUGUGUGGAGUGGAUCAUGAUGAUUUAAAGAGUCUUUUUCAUGUAUCUAAACCGAUACGAGAAGCUGCUGUGAUUGCAAAGAAAUGGCAUUUUGUAUAUAGUACACCUAAAAAGAUUCCGGCUUUUAGGUGUUCAUUAAACUUGGAGGAGUUCCCAUCAAGCCAUUUUGAAGAGAUCGAAGCUCCAAAUGCGCCAAAACAAUCAAGAAUAUUUCGUUCUCGAUUGAACAGAAAAAACUCGGCUGCUAUAUGUGUGUCCUUAUUCGUAUUGUCCCCAUUGGACAAAGACCAACAAGGACACCUAUAGCAGCCAUCAAGAUAGCCAUUUUAUUGAUGCAAAUAUUAUACUUAUGAUGAUAUCGUGCAGUCGUGCAUCUAGAUUUUUCGCUACGUUCUUUCAUAUGUAGAUAGGUUUUGGGUAUAAGUUUAUGUUUAGCAAAAGGGAGUGUCGUAUGAAGUAUGUUUGGUUCUUCAAACUUUUCAUUGAAGAUAUAUUGUUGGAUUUGUUUUAGGUGUUUGUACAUUUAGUGUGUGUAAAGUUGAAGACUUACAGGGAUAUAUAUAUACAACAAAUGGUUUUGUUCUUUUA